AAAUGAAGUCACUAGCUCGUAGCUAUGCUUACUGGCCGUCAAUGGACCAUGAGAUAGAGCAAAAAUGUCGCAGCUGUUGGUCUUGUCAAGAGGCUGCAAAGAACCCAACGAGAGCUGAGCCACAACCAUGGCCUAAACCGGACGGGCCUUGGCAAAGAAUACAUGCUGAUUUCGCCGGACCGAUACAAGGCAGGAAUUACUUAGUUGUUGUAGAUGCUUUCACAAAAUGGCCGGAAGUUUAUGACAUGCCGAAUACGACUUCAGAGAGUACCAUAAGAAGAUUGUCAGGAUUGUUUGCCUGUUUUGGGGUUCCAGAGAUCUUAGUGACCGACAAUGGUACUCAGUUCAUGUCAUCCGCCUUCAAACGCUUCUGCAACGAGAAUGGCAUAUUGCAUCUACAAUCUCCUCCAUACCAUCCUCAGUCGAAUGGCCAGGCAGAAAGAUUCGUGGAUACAAUUAAAAGAGCUCUGGUCAAAGGGGGAGGUGAGGGUGUCCCGGAACAAGUGAUUAAUAAGUUCUUGAUGUCUUACAGAGUUACCCCUAAUCCGGCAGUACCAGAAGGAAAGUCUCCGGCCGAGUGUAUGUUCGGAAGAAAAAUCCGGACAGUUUUUAACAGUAUGUUGCCGCCCAGAAAGACAAAUAAACCCACGAAUGAAAAUCGUAAGGUCAAUCGUAGCUUCCAGGUGGGUGAGAAGGUACUUGUCAGAUCGUACCAAGGUAAUAAGAAGUGGGAACCAGGUGUCAUAGAACGUCGAAUCGGAAAUGUGUUGUACCUAGUCCGGAAAGAUGUCGGGAAAUGCAUAAGACAUAUAAAUCAAAUGCAAAGAAAUGAUAGUACAGUGGUCACAGAAAACCGGCUUCCAUUUCAAUUGCUCGUAGAUUCAUCCCCGAAGAACCAUCAUGAGCGCAAAUAUCGAAAAGACAAACGACGCAGAGAGAAAGCUGUACAACCCUCGAGAGUAAUGGAGCGCAAGAGGAAUGCGACACCCAAGCUUCAGGUGGAUCCAAGAAAAAAAUCUUACACAACGGACUUUAAAGGGGGGAGGUGUGACGACGGACCACCGGUGAACUCGAGGAAGCUGUAAGAGGCUCAUAAGGAGCCGAAGACGUUCCAUCCAAUCACCUGUCGGAAGAAUGUUCUAGAAUUCCAACGUGUAGCUUCCCCAUUGGAUAAUGCUAAUAACCCCUGUACGCGGAUUGGAAGAUUGUAAUGAUGAUUUCGUUCCCACUAAAAACUAUAAAUACCUGAUAAUUUUGUACUAUGUUUGACACUGUUUGGAAUAAUAUUCCUUUCGUUAGUCUUCUGUCUUCUUAUUGCGACUUGGAAGGGUUUGGUGUUCCAGUGCUCAGUUAUACGCGGUUGUAUCAAGAAAAUCAGCUUUUUCAAGAUAUAACAUUAAUGUUAAACCAAAGGUCAUAGGUUCGAAUCUCGUGAACGGGAUCAUAGAUGUGCACUAGCACUGAGUAGUUUCAUACUAAGACGAAACAGUGAUCCAAUACUUUCAGGUUGUCCAUAGUAGUUUAGUUUUAAUCAACUCAUGAAUUCAGUUAUUAUAUAACAACAAUUUAAAAAGAAAAUAUCACCCUACCUGUUUUUGUUAUAUCCCAAUGUGAAUAAUGAAUGGUAACUUUUGGGAU